AUGUCUGCUUCCAAUCCCCCGAGCUCGACGAACGCGAUGAGGUGGUUCUCGUGCUGCUUCGGCGACAGCGACGAUGAAGAGCAGCCACAGCAGCGGCAACGACAACAAACCGUUCAGACACAGCAACCCCCCAGAACACGAUGGGACGCGGCACCCCCGAUAGACCCUGCGCAGGAGGAGGAGCCGCCGCCGCCGCCGUACGCACUCUUCGACCCUCACCCGGAGGACUGCGAGUGCGCGAUCCACAUUCACAAGCCGCGGCCCAACCGGCCGAUCGUGGUCGAAGCGUUCCAGUCGCAGGGGUGCAACUCGUGCCCGCCGACGAACACGCUGCUUCUGUCACUACUCACGCUGGCCGACCCCAACAUCCUCGUCCUCGACUACCACGUCACCUACUGGGACCACCUGGGGUGGGCGGACCCGUUCGGACUGGCUGAAGCGGACGCGAGACAACGAGAGUACGCGCAGGCCAAUGGCACCCCCAACAAGGUCUACACGCCGCAGGUGGUGGUAAACGGCGUAUCCGAGGGCGUGGGCAACUCGACCCGCAAGCUGGAGAAGCUGAUCAAGGAAGGCGGCCGGCUGGCCAGCCAGGACUGGCCGUGGCUGCUGUUCUCCAAGGUUGAGGAGGGCGUCUUGAUCCGCGAGGCCAGCCCGGCCGCCGCCGCCACUGGACGCAGGGGCAGGGUCAUUGAGGUCGUCUACGAUCCCGCCCUGCGCGAGGUGGAGGUUUCCCGUGGCGAAAAUGCCGGCAAGACUCUGCCGCACCGCAACGUCGUCAAGAGCGUCACGGCGCUGGGCGAGUGGAGGGGUGGGAGGGGUGUCGUCCAACUACCGGCCCGCGAUAUCAACGACGGCUUGGAGAGAGUCCUUCUGGUCCAGGAGGGCGUCGGUGGCCAGAUCAUUGGAGUUGCCAGGAUUCAUUUCUAG